GCAAACCGAGACACACACUCGCUAAGGCAUCUCUGGCCUAUGCGACCAACACCGCUUCAAAAGGAAGUAAGCAAUGGCCCAGGUCAAGACCCUCCGGAACAUAUAUGGGAGGGGCCACGAGAACCGCAUCUCCCCCAAGGACACGGCCAUCAAGGGCCCUAAUAUCAUCGCGAUCAAAGCAAUCAUCAAAGGGCUCAUCCUCGUCCAGCUGACCUUUUUUCUCCUCUUCUGCUACAUCUUUGGCACACUGUAUGUCUCAAACUCGCACGUCCACAAUCUGAGCGUUGUGUUCGUCGACUAUGACCAGGGUCUCGUCGGGCAGUCCGUGUGGACGGCGUACAACCAGCUCAAGGGCGACGACUUCCCGACCCUGGACCUGCGGAGCGCGUCAGAGCAUCCCACGCCGGAGUCGAUCCGGCGCAGCGUCUGCAAGACGGACUUCUGGGCUGGCUUCUACGUCUCGGCCGGCGCAUCCGAGCGCCUCGCUACGGCCUUGGGUGGAGGAGAGGCGGCGCUGAGGUACGACCCGGCAGACGUGAUGGCAUACGUUUGGAACGAGGCGCGGUGGCCCACGACGGUGGAAAGCUAUCUCGCGUCCAACUUGGUCAAGCUCUCAACCGCUGCUCAGGGGGCGUACCACUCCAUCAACGGCACCAGCGCCAUCCGGGCUCUGAAUAUGUCUUCCCCACAGGCGGUUGCGGCGUUGUACAACCCUUGGCAAGUCCAAAGCAUCAACAUCCAGACCACGAACCAGGGGCCACGCACUGUCUACAACACCAUUGUCGUGGUCCUCAUCAUCAUCAAGCAGUUCUUCUUCUUACUGCUCAUCAAUGGCGUCUGCAGCACCUUCAAGCUGUACCUCCGCCUCAAACCGCACCACCUUGUCUUCCGCCGUCUCCUGGGCAGCUCCAUCUCCACGUUUCUCGGCAGCCUGCUACUCACGGGCGCCAUCUGGGCGUUCCGCGCCAACUGGGCCGUCAACGGCAACCAGUUCGUGCUGACGUGGAUGACGUACUGGCUCUACGAGGAGAUCAACUUCUUCUUCAUCGACGCGGCGACGGCGUGGGUCCCGGCCCCGUUCAUGCCGAGCGUGCUGGUCACCUGGGUCAUCAUGAACGUCUCGUCGACCCUGCAGCCGCUCGAGCUCGGCGCGGGCUUCUUCCGGUGGAUGUACGCGCUGCCCGCGCACGAAAUGUACGAGACCCUCGUCGACAUCUGGUCCGGCGGGUGCAACCCCCAGCUGUACCGCGCCCUGCCCAUCCUCUUCUCGUGGUGGAUCGUCUUCACGCCGCUGGCCAUGCUCGGCGUCCUCCGGCGGUGCCACUUCGCGGCCAUUGACUUCGACAAGGAGGAGGCCGCCUUCCAGCAGCGGUUCCAGGAAGCCAAGGACUUUGAGAGGAAGCGCGACCGGCAGCGCGGGGCGGAGGGCGCGGCGGAGAAAGAACCCAUCGACCAAGAGGACGACGUCGAGCUGGCCAAUAUUUUGCGGAAGCAGGAGACCGAAAUGAGGUCGCUGUAUACCUCCGAAAGCCGAUCCAGGUAUGGGCCUGGUAUCGUGGCGCCAGGGGCGGAGCGUAUUACCUAGGUAAAUAGCCAAGGAUGAGUGACCACCAGGCCUGGCGUGGUCCAGUGGACGAGUUCAGUGAUCAGGCUACAUAUGGAAUUGAUUGAAUGGGUAUUCAAUCAGCGAGAAUCCCAAGCUUGACUCUUGAAACUUUUUGACCAGAUGGACUCUACAUCUCGGUCGACGCUCUCAUGAAGUCGCUAUCUUGGCC